GAGAGGAAGCUAGCGUUGCUCGUCGGGAUAGCGGAGGACUGCGCGGAGUCCUCCGACACUAAGAUGGCGGCGGUCGCCUCUAAGCCCAAUUUCGCCGUUGUCUGUUCUUUCCUAGAGCGCUAUGGCGCCUCGUUGGAACUGCCCGAAUUCACCUUCCCCGAGCUGGAAGAAGCGCUGGAAAACAAAAAAUCUGUUCCUCAACCACUGGUGGACCUUCACUUGAAGCUAAUGAGGAAGAUUGGCAAGUCUGUAAGCUUUGAUCGAUGGGAAAAGUACCUUCUCAGGAUUUGCUUGGAAUACAACAAUACUUGGGCUUGGGAGAUGGAAAAAAUUGGAUACACAGAGAUGGAUGCUGAAUGCAAACUUGGUCUCUUAAAGUAUCUCUGUGAAUGCCAAUUUGAUGACAAUUUGAAAUUCAAGAAUGUGCUGAAUGAGGAGGAGCCAGAUGCUAUGCGCAUCCAUCCAAUUGGGCGUGAUAAGGAUGGCCUAAUGUACUGGUACCAACUGGACCAAGAGUUCAAUGUUAGACUCUACACAGAAGAACAAGAUGACCAAGAUGGCACUUCAUGGAGGCUCAUCGUAAGGGACCGUAAUGAAUUGGCUGAAACACUGCAACUCCUGAAAGCUCAAAUAGAUCCAGCACUAUUAAGCAAGUUUAUCCAGGAAGAUGGCUCCUCUCACACAAGCCCUACACCAGAAGAUGAAGAGAAUAAGAAAGAAAUUGAAGAACGUCUGGAAGAAGAAGUAAAAAUGGAAGAGACAAUAAAAGGGCAGCAGGAGCCUGAAGUUACCACGCAGCAUCUAGCAUCUUCACCCACAACUACUUCUCCAGAAGAUGAGGCAAAAAUACAGACAGUUAAAAAAGAGACAAUCGAAAAUGACUCCAAGGCAGAGCAGACCAUUAAGAUAGAGCAGCCUGCAUUGGAAAAAACUAAUGCGAAAGGUGAAGGUGCUAAAGUAGUCAUAGAAAACAACCUUGACAAAAUUCACAGGCCAACUGAAGAAGAAAACAUAGCUGCUAAAGUGCAAGUGGUCAGUCUGAAAGGCUCUGGUGAUGCCAAAGGUUGCGCUGAUAAGUUAGCAGCUGUAGAUCGUGAAAGGCCAGGAGUUAACAUCAAGGUGGAACCUCCUGAUGAUGUCAAAGAAAAGUCGUCGGAAGAGCUUGAGAGAGCCUUGAAAAAUGUCAAACAGGCGAAGCUCCCUGUGAAAAAACGUGAAAUUAAACUGACUGAGGACUAUGACAACUCAGUGAAGACUCCCCUCGGCAAGCCUCUGACCUCUGUCAGGGAGCCUCUAAAAGAAGGGUUAAAAGUGGAAGGCGAUGCAGUGAAGCAGACACCAGACGAAAAGGUGGAAGGGAAGCAGCUCAUGAAUGGUGAGAUAGCUGCUAGACCCCAAGUGAACAAUCACAAAGAUGAGAGAGUUAUAGAGGCUUCUUCUCUAGGGAAGGUUGAGCAGAAGAAGAACCAAGAACCUGGAACCCCAUGCUCAACUAAAGAAGAGGAAAAUGGCAUCAAUGGAUCAAGCAAGCCGGACUCUGAUUUGCCUACGAACUUUGGCCAGGAGAAUCACGCAAGCAGAAAUAAGGUUGAAGUGAGCCAGAACUGCCUAGUGAAGGAGAAAGCUGUAGACCAGAAUCUUCCCGAGCUUGCGAAGCCUACGGAGGAAGCCAGAUCAAAAUGUGAGGAAGGGAAGGGGGAUUCCCUCAGAACCAAGCUACGUGACAAAGAAAUGCCCGACACAAAAACGACACCUGUUACACCAGCAGAGGAGGAACAUACAGAAAAGCUACCCGUGAGGAGAACAAGAGCAUCCUUGAGGCAGCAGUUAACGAGGAAGGCUUCCGAGGAAGAAGCACCCCAGAAAGUUGAGCAGGCAGAAGAGAAACGAGAGACAGAACCUAACGGGACAAGAUGCUUAAGACGGUCGCUGAGAAUAUCCAAACCUACAGUAAAAGUGACAGAAAACCUGGAGAAGAAAGCAUGUAAGCGGGAAGAACCAUCAGUACCUCAAAGUUCGGAUAAGGACGAGAACCAUAAAAAGGUGGAGAAAGAUUCAAAGGGAGCAAAGCGCAAGAGUAAAUCCAGCAGGAGAGCGAGGUGGACCAAAUCAAGGGGCAGGCGCAGACCCCAAGAAUCGAGUGGAGAGAGUGAGAGUGCCCAGGAAGAUGACGAAUGUAGCGAAGAGGAGGAGGAGGAGGAAGAAGAAGGGGAAGGUCCACCAGAAGAUGAUGAGCCCUGUAAAAAAUGUGGCUUAUCCAAUCACCCUGAACUGAUUCUGUUGUGUGAUUCCUGUGACAGUGGUUAUCACACAGCUUGUCUACGACCUCCAUUGAUGACGAUCCCUGAUGGAGAAUGGUUCUGCCCACCGUGCCAACAUAAACUUCUGUGUGAAAAAUUAGAAGAGCAGUUGCAAAAUAUAGACGUGAUGAUAAAAAAGAAGGAGAGAGCGGAGAGAAGGAAAGAGAGGCUGGCCUUUGUGGGAAUUAACGUGGAAAAUAUUAUUGCUCCAAAAGAUUCUGUAACCGAAGAACAAGAAAUAAAAGAUUACAAAUCCUUGGAAAGGCGGUCGGGUAGGACACGGAGAUCUAUUAAUUACAGGUUUGAUGAGUUUGAUGAUGCGAUCGAUGAAGCAAUACAUGAAGACAUACAGGAGGCAGAGGGCAAAGGUGCUGGACGAGGCAAAGACAUGGCAAAUAUCACUGGACAGUCCCUAGGGAAAGAUAUCUCUACUAUACUCGCAGGGUCUAAAGAGAGCAAGCGACCAACACGUGAAGCUGCCUGUAGACGCAAGAAAAGGCGAAGACUUAAUGAUCUUGACAGUGAUAGCACCCUUGAAGAUGAUGAGAGUGAGGAGGAGUUCAGGAUAAGUGAAAGCAGUGAAGAAGAAUUUGAGAUCUCUGACAGAGAUAGUGAGGCAGACCCUGCCUCAAAUGACGACGAGGGUUUUGAGGUUCGGCGAGGGAGGCACCGGAAAUACAUGGAGCCAAUGAGGAGGAGUUGGCGGUUGAGAGGAAGACAAGUCAAGAGAUAUUCAGAUGAGGAUGAAGAGGAUGAAGAGGAGCAUGGAGAGAGUGAAGGGUCAAGUUGUUACAGUGACAUAUUAGACAUGAGGAGGAGGCGAUCAAAGCGGAACCAGGCUAAAAAAGUGAACUACAGGGAAGAUUCUGAAUCUGAGAAAUCUAUGAAAAGUGGUGCGAGUAGAAAGGAAAGACUUAGGGGACGAAAGCGUAGACUGUACAUUACAGCAAGCGAUGAGAGCUCCAGAAGCAGAAGUUCAGAUGAAGAGCAGGAAGAUGAGCGGCCACAACGGAAACGCCUCAACAGGAUCGAGGACGAGGAGGAGGACGAUGAUGAGGAUGAAGACGAGCCAGCGCUGACCAGCAGAUUCCGCGGCAGACCCGCCCGGGAUUACAGCAAGAAGUACCGGCUGAUGAGUGAAGAAGAGGAGGAGGAGCUGGAGGAGGCAGGGAAGGAGGCCAGCUCUUUGGACUGCGGCCUGGUAGUACUGCCCUCCACCAAUGGACAGAGCGCGGGGCAGGCUUCAGAAGGUGUAAUCAGCAGAACCAGUGAGAAGAACCAAAUGGCCAAGGACACUAACCCCACUCCCAGCCUGGCGCUGAAUGGAGCCUGUGAAGCUAUGGCCUCUGAGGCAGGAGUGGAGGCAGGAGGUGAUGGAGGGGAGGAGGAAGAAGAUGACCUCUUGGGAGUAACUGACCUUGUAGAAUAUGUUUGUAAUAAUGAACAAAUAUAAGAACUCUUUUUACACUAGUUCAAAUAAUUUAUUCCAUAGUAGCUGUACAUCUGGCCAGUUAUUGUGUGUCUUUUUGGUUUGCUUGUUUUGUUUCCUCCCUUCCCUACUCCAGAGAGCAAGAUUUUCCUGCACCCACUUCCUGUUUUCUUCCCCCCCCCCCCCAUCACUCUGGCCGACAUCCCCCUGCCCCUGUCCUCUUUCCCCCUUCAUGAAUUGACCAAUUUUGAGGUAUUAACACUGUACGUUCCUUAUACUCAUUUUAAUUUCAAUGUAGUUUCAUUUACUUUGCCCCAAUAUAAUGUGGAUGAUGAAAGUUACAUUUCAAGAUUCUUUUCUUCAGGAAAGAAAGUUGUUGACCUCCCUUUCAAGACUCCCCUUUUCACAAAAUAAGUAGAAAAAGAUCGGAGGGGGGAGUGGUGCCAGGGAAAAAAAUGGAAAUUCCCCCUCAUUCCAGAAAGAUUGUUUUGACCCUCUAAUGUCUUUGUCUUUUUUUAAGAAAAUAUAUAUAUAUAUAUCUAUACAGAAAAAAGACUUUUUAAGUAUGUUGUGUAGUAUCCUAACACCCUUUCGCAAUCCAUGUACUUGGAUUGAAAAUAUUUCCAAAAAAAAACACCAAAUUUUUUCUGUAGAUGACAUUCAGUGCUUUUGACUUAGGAGCAACUGUAGUAGUGAGUGCAGUAAAUGGUGCCCAUUUUGAAAACUUAUUUCUAGUCAACUCUACUGUGCUACACAAUAGAUCUCUGUAAUGCGUACCAGUACUGCAGUUAAUUGCUACAGUGUCAUUAUGCUGUAGCAUUGACUGUCAUGGCAUUAUGAGCAUCCCUGAUGUGCUCAGAUUGUCACUUUUUUUAGACUUUUUUUUAAAGUAGAUCAUUUCUUCCUAGGUGCCUCUAUUUGAACUUCAGGCUUAAUGCUGAUACAUCUAACCUACUGAGUGAUUUUGAAUUUGGAUUGCGGUCUGUUUUAAUGCUCAAUUUAACCUACCUACACAGAGAUACUUGGACAUUCUCCAAAGGAAAGCAGAAGUGGGGGGAGUAGGCAGGUUCUGACUUAAUGAGAAAGCAUAAACGUAGUGUGGGAACAGAUCAUCAAGCAGAGCUUUAAUUCAUCACUGCUCUCUGCCUUAUACCAAAAUUUCACUGAUCUAUUUCUCACCACUCCCCACCCCCCUAGCUCCCCCCAAAACCAUGACAACAGGGUGCGAUGAGUGCCAAUAGCAUCUUGGACUGUGGACACCCUCACAGCCAAAUCUGACCCUAAGUGGGUGAAGCUGAAGAAUUAUUUCUUUAAGGUAUUGCUUUUGCUUGCUUGAAAUAGACCCAUUAUCUGAAUGAAAUACGAUAUAUAAUAUAUGGUUAUAUUAUAUAUAACACGUGAAGUAUCAUUUUCAGAUGGUGUCAAACUCGCUGCAAAGCAUCGUAACAAUCCUGUUCAAAGUAGUUUUGUUUGUCACGGUACCUCGUCUUGAUGUGCUUUGCGAAAACAUUUGUCAAAUCUGGGGUACUGAACAAAAGAAUGAAUGUUGAUUAUUCAUGUUGUUAACAGUUGACUUUUUAGUACAGUGGUAGUAAGUCCAUUGUCCUGUAUACAGGCUACUUUAAUCCAUCUUUGUACUCUUUAAUGAAAUUAUUAUAUCCCUAC